AUGCCUAAAACAGACGUUCUGAUAGUAGGAUCUGGCUCGGCAGGCAUAUUUGCAGCAACCUGGCUUGCAAUCUACAACAUCCCUUUCACCAUUCUAGAGCGACGCUCUGGGCCCCUGGAAAUUGGACAAGCAGACGGCGUGCAAGUCCGCACCGUCGAGAUAUACGAUUCAUUCGGACUCGCUGAGGAUCUCUUGAGGGAGGCAUACCACAUUUACGAAGUGUGCUUCUGGGGGAUUGACGAUAAUGUCAAGGACGGCAUCAAGAGGAAGAGCAGAUCCAUUGAUACUGAGCAGGGGCUGAGCCAUCUGCCACAUGUCAUUCUGAACCAGGCUCGAAUGAAUGGAUUGAUGUUGGAGAAGAUGAAGAAGAUCAUGAAAGAGAAGGGCACGUGGACAGAGGGGUCUGCAAACGGGAUUGAAUAUGGUUGGACGGUGAAGGGCAUUGAGGUCGAUCAAGACAAUGCGACAGACCCCAAUGCACACUGUGUCCGCGUCUUGGCCUCGAAAGAUGACAGAGAAGAAACCUGGGAGGCCAAGUACGUUCUGGGCUGCGACGGCGCGCAUUCCACUGUCCGCCGCUCCCUCAACUACCACAUGCUAGGCGACACCACCGAUACUGUUUGGGGCGUCAUGGACAUCUACCCGCUCACCGACUUCCCGGACAUCCGACGAAAGUGCACGAUCCACUCCACGAGCGGCAACUUGCUGAUCAUCCCGCGCGAAGGCGGUUCGCUGGUACGCUUUUACAUCCAACUGCCUGUCGGCUCGCAACCAAAGAACGUCACGCUCGACGAUCUACAGAGCUCAGCAAAGCGCAUCUUCGCGCCAUACGAGAUGCACUUUGCCUCCACCUUCUGGUGGAGCGCGUACAGCAUCGGCCAGCGACUGGCCAACCAUUUCCACAAGGACCUGCGCGUCUUCCUCACCGGUGACGCGUGCCACACGCACUCGCCCAAAGCGGGACAGGGUAUGAACGUCAGCUUGCAGGACGGGUACAACAUCGGUUGGAAGCUGGGGGCGGUGCUGUCUGGCCUCUCGCCACCGUCUGUGCUCGCUUCGUAUGUGGGCGAGAGGAGCAAGACGGCGGCGGAUUUGAUUGCGUUUGACAAGGAGUUGUCUGCUAUGUUCAGUAGGAAGGAAAAGAGAGAGGGCGAGUUUGCAGAGUAUUUCACUAAGAGUGGAAGGUAUAUGGCUGGGUUUACGGCAAAGUAUGAAGAUAGUGGUAUCACCGACUCAAAAGGGAGUAGCAAAGGGCUGGCGGCGAGCGUGCACGUCGGAAUGCGAUUCCCAUCUGCGCAAGUGAUCCGAUUCUGUGACGCCAGGCCGGUGCAGCUGCAGAGUGCGCUGAGGAGCGACGGGCGGUGGCGGGUCGUUGUCUUUGCCGGAGACGUCACCCACACCGACUGCAAGGAGAGACUGGAUGAGUUCUCCUCUUCCCUCUCUCAUGUCAUUCAGCGCUACACCCCUGCAUCUUCCCGUCCGGAUAGCGUCAUCGAACCAUUUCUCGUCCUGCACACCCUCUUCUCUAAAACGGAACAGCACCAGAUACCAGAAGUGUUUAGCCCCAAGACGGGGAAAUGGGGCAUCAAAGACUUGCACAAGACGUAUGUCGACGACGAACACUACAAUGCUGGGCAUGGGCACGCGUAUGAGAAGUACGGCGUUGAUAUGAGCAAAGGCGCGGUGGUCAUUGUGAGACCUGAUCAGUACGUUGCGAAAGUUGUAGGGCUGGAUGGAGGGAAGAAGAUUGAGGAGUUCUUUGCGGGGUGUUUGUUGGAACAGCAGUAG